AUGGCCCAGACCAAGCCGCCGUCCUCGCCAGAGUCGCAGGCCUCCCCCGUUUAUAUGAGCUUGAAGACCCGGCUGCACACGCCCCUAGCCGAGCCUGAGAUUGUACUGUGGUUACGGGAUCUGACGCUUACUAUGAGCACGACUCAAAAGCCGAAUGAAAUUGUCCGCUUUGAGCUUUUGGUGCGUCGGAAGCACCCAAACUCGCACCUUUCGAUCGAAGCCACAGCCUGGGUUCAAAGUAGACCGCUAAGUGACUUCAUUACACUCCGUGAUAAUCUUCUCCGCGAUCUUGAGCCAGGGCAUAGCUGCUCCGCUGAGUGUAAGUGGCUCUAUACUGUUGUGAAGCAACACUUUCCGAAGCCACAAACGAUGCUUUCACCAUGUGCUUUGAAAACGGAGCGGCGGCGAGUUGCGCUUCUUCGAGUUUUGACUACAAUUCAGUCAACGUUGGUGACACACGGCAACCGCGGUUGUAGGGUUUUAAUGGGAGACGUGCUUAAGACAUUUUCAACUUUUCUUGUCGGCGACCGCACAUCCCUUUCGCGAACAGCACUCGCGCUACCAGUACCCUAUCGUCAAGGUCUUAUUAAUCUGCCAAAUAGUCUGGGUAAAAGGCUUGCCAGCCUUCGGACACUCUCGCGUGUCCGCAGAUGA